UGCAAGUCUGUAAUCUGCACUGCUACAGUGCUACAUCACUCUUCUGCCCUCCCCCCACACCCCUCCUUCUGCCUCUCUUUCGAGAUGGGCUCUUCUUCUCCAUUUCCGAUACUGUUCCUUGUGGUGGUAAUGCGGUGCGCCGCGGGGGCGGCGGCCGGCGGUGGGUGGCAGAUCCCGGACACCGGCGGCCUGAGCAGAGGGGGCUUUCCGAAGGGGUUCGUCUUCGGAACAGCGACCUCUGCUUACCAAGUGGAAGGCAUGGCCGACAAGGACGGCCGCGGCCCCAGCAUCUGGGACGUCUUUGUUAAAAUCCCAGGGCUGAUCCCAAACAAUGCAACAGGGGAGGUCACAGUGGACCAGUAUCACCGCUACAAAGAAGAUGUGGAUAUAAUGGCGAAGCUUAACUUUGAUGCAUACCGGUUCUCCAUAUCAUGGUCUAGAAUUUUUCCAAAUGGAACUGGGAAAGUUAAUUGGAAGGGAGUUGCUUACUACAAUAGGUUGAUUAACUACAUGCUUGCUAGAGGAAUUACUCCAUAUGCUAAUCUGUAUCAUUAUGAUCUUCCCCAAGCACUUGAGGAUAGGUACCUUGGAUGGUUAAGCAAGGAUGUUGUGAAAGACUAUGCCGAUUUUGCAGAAUUUUGUUUCAAGGCUUUUGGAGACAGGGUAAAGAACUGGUUUUCAUUUAAUGAACCUAGAGUCGUGGCUGCUCUUGGUUAUGAUAACGGGUUUUUUGCGCCUGGAAGGUGCUCAAAGGCAUUUGGGAAUUGUACAGCUGGUAACUCUGCAACCGAGCCUUACAUUGUAGCUCAUAAUAUGCUUUUAUCUCAUGCUGCUGCAUCUAAGAGAUAUCAUGAGAAGUAUCAAGCAAAGCAGAAUGGGAAGUUCGGAAUUCUCUUGGAUUUUGUUUGGUAUGAACCUCUUACCAGAAGCAGGGCUGACAACUAUGCUGCUCAAAGAGCCAGAGACUUUCAUGUUGGAUGGUUUAUUCACCCACUUGUAUAUGGUGAAUAUCCAAAAACAAUGCAAGAAAUCGUUGGAGAUAGGCUGCCAAAGUUCACAAAAGAAGAGGUGGAGAUGGUGAAAGGUUCAUCAGAUUAUUUUGGUAUCAAUCAGUAUACAGCUUACUACAUGUAUAACCCUCGUCCAACAAAACCGAAAUCCUUGGGUUACCAGCAGGAUUGGGAUGCUGGAUUUGCUUAUAACCGUCAUGGAGUGCCAAUUGGUCCAAAGGCAAAUUCUUAUUGGCUCUAUGAUGUCCCAUGGGGGCUGUACAAAGCUGUGACCUACAUAAAAGAGCGCUAUGGAAACCCCACCGUGAUAUUAGCUGAAAAUGGCAUGGAUGAUCCUGGUAAUGUCACUCUUCCCAGGGGAUUGCACGAUACCACAAGGAUCAACUUCUAUAAAGGCUAUUUGCAACAGCUAAAGAAGACAAUCGAUGAUGGGGCAAAUGUGAUCGGCUACUUUGCAUGGUCAUUGCUUGACAACUUUGAAUGGAGAUUAGGGUACACUUCAAGGUUUGGCAUUGUCUAUGUUGAUUACACAACUCUCAAGAGAUAUCCAAAGAUGUCUUCCUUAUGGUUCAAGAAGCUACUUAAGAGGAGAAGGCACUAAGCUGCCCAAGUGCCACUUCCUCCCCCACAACCAAGUUAGCAAUAAUUGAGUGGAAAGAUUGUCAACUACCUCAAGUUAGCAAAUCUCCCCAAAUGCUCUAGUUAUUUCUUUUGUUGUUGAUUGUGGGUUUAAGUAAGAAUAAUGUUUGCACGAUGUGUCCCCUCCAACUUAAUAAGAACUCUUGAGGUCUUUUCCUUUUUGGGA